AUUAUGUUACACUGCAUGCAGACGCCGUCACCGGAGAACUUCACCGCUGCCGGCAUGAUCGCCGAUAUGAGCGUACUGGAAAGGCAGAGAGCAGUGUUGCAACGCCUUUACCAGCAGCAGCAGCAUCAACAGGACAUGCAUUCUUCGCAACCCACAACAUCAUCAAUGCCUCUGUUUCAGUACCAGAAUUUAGUGAAUCCCUUGAAAGUUCAUCAAGAAAAUUCCCCCAAUUUCGGGUUCACCUGUUCCGAAAUCACGACUACUAAUACUAAUUUGGAAAUGGAUCACCAUCAACUAUCCUGCUCUAACGUUACUGCUGCUUCAUCUAAAACUCAUCAUGUUGCUCCCAGCAAGAAAAGGAAAGCAGAGUUUGAUGUAGAAGAGGAGUGCAAGGACAAAAGGGUCGAAGGAGAAGCAGGGGAAGUACAGUCAGGGAUUACCGUAAAAAGUGAAAAGGAAAAUUCAGGGAGAAAUUCCAGGGAAAAUUCCAGUUCCAAGGCUUCAGAGGUGGUUCAGAAGACUGAUUACAUUCAUGUCAGAGCGCGUCGUGGUCAGGCCACUGAUAGCCACAGCUUAGCUGAAAGAGCUAGGAGGGAGAAAAUUAGUAAGAAGAUGAAAUGUCUACAAGAUUUAGUCCCUGGCUGUAACAAAGUUACUGGGAAGGCUGGCAUGCUGGAUGAAAUUAUUAAUUACGUUCAAUCUCUUCAGAAACAAGUUGAGUUCCUUUCAAUGAAAUUGGCUACUCUGAAUCCGCGGCUAGACUUUAACGUUGACAACAUCUUUGCAAAAGAGUUUCCAGCUUACAUCGCCAGUUUUCCGACCGCGGCUACACCGAUAGAAGUGGUUCAUUCAGCCUUACUACAGUUCAAUCAAGGGCAACAAGAACCCACAAGUUCAGGGCCUGAUAUGGCAAUCAAUCCUGCUCAGAUGGUGCCACAGAGAACCGGAACAUCCUCGUUAACAUUUCCGGAAGCAUAUUUUGAUUCAAUUUCUAGUCUGUCCCAGACGCCAACUUGGGACAGCGAUUGGCAAAGCUUUUACAACAAUGUCGUCAGCUAUCAUUAAGAGUAAACAGUCAAUUUCGGUCUCACUUUACGUAUAGGCCUAGAUAGCAAUUACUAGUUUACUACUACAAUGGAGCAGGCAGGGUACCUUACCUUCUUCGCCAGUGCUUCUUAUCGUACAUUUCAGCGAAGCAGAUAUCAGCAACAUGGCUUAAAGCCUCAAGAUUUCAAGUUCUGUGAUUUUAAGAUGGAGUGCCAAAAAAAUUUUUUUUUUUUUGGACAUCAGAUUAACUAGAAUGUUGGAGAAAAAAAAAAAUUUUUUUUUUUUGCUUCUAAUUUAGCUAUAUAAAUUGGUCCCCUCAUUCAAUGCGAUUUUGCUUGCAGAGGAGAUUAUUUGCUUGUAUAGUAAAUCUUGGUACCACUGGUGAGAUUUGAUUUAUAUAAUUGUAAUAAUAGUUCUGAUUCUUGAUCGUGUUCCACUGGAUGACAAGUAUACAUACAUGUUUCUAUCACGCA